ACACGCUCAGCUCCAGAGACUACACAACCUCUCUGUGGGGAGAGAGAGACGAGCUUCCCCGCCUGCGCUGCACACCGUCUGCCGCUCUGAAUUGAAACAGGAGACAGAGGGAGGGAGCGAUAGAUUGAGGGAGAGGGAGAGCGAUGGAGUGAGAGACGGAGAGGUAGGGACAGUGUAACGAGGUGAACGUGAUUCCAGCAAAGCGUGCUUUUGGCUAGAUAGGAGAGGCAGAGGAUCUGGGCUUGACAGUGGGCUUGGCGUGGUUCGUCUGUAUUUCGUCCCCCCCUUCGCUCUGUGUGAGCAGCCUUCAUCGUCAUUGGUUCCUCUUCGGCUCGCUGUGGUCGUGCGGAGAGCCUUUCGGUGGUUCGGGAGCGGCAAGAGGAUCAUGACUUUGGAGUGGGAGUUUUGAAGUGUUGCUGUUGAGAAAGCCCAACCUUUGUAUUCAGAGGAGGAAGAGGUGUUGCCACACCCUACCCAGCUGAUACUAGAUGGAGGUGGAUGCGGUUGAGAAGCGCCAUCGGACGCGUUCCAAAGGGGUCCGAGUUCCGGUGGAGACGGCAGCACAGGAGUUAUUCAGCUGCCCUACUCCAGGCUGUGAUGGAAGUGGACAUGUCAGUGGGAAAUACGCCAGACACCGAAGAAUCUCGGCUAUCCCUUCUGAUAAAUCCCCAGACUUCCAGAUUCUCAGUUUAUCGCGUGGACAGGAUGGAAAAAACACUCCGUGUAUAUGGCUGCCCUCUGGCCAAGAAGAGGAAGACCCUGGAGAAACAGCCCAUGGAGCCUGCCCCCAAGCGGAAGACCUUCCUACUCCCCCCUGACCCAGACGAGGACCCCGCUGCCAUGUUCCCCCCCUAUGAGCCUGAACCCAUGGAUGAGGGGAAGGAACAGGGGGAGGUAGACGGGGAGAUCCAGGACGAAGAGGAGGAGGAGGAUGGGGGGGAAGAGGAGGGAGACGAAAUAGAAGAGGAAGAAGGAUUUUCGGAGGAUAAUGAGGAGCAGGGCGAGGAAGAGGAGGAAGGAGAUGAGGAGGAAGAGGAGGAGGAAAUAGAGAGGCUGGUGGUCUGCCCGCAGGAGGGGGAGCAGAUGGAGGAAGGGGUGGAGGAAGCAGAGGACGGGGACGAUGAAGAGCAAGAGGAACAGGAGGAUGAGGGGGACGAAGAUGAGCAGGAAGAGGAAGAGGAAGAUGACGAAGAGGAGGAGGAGGAAGAACAGAGUCACCCUGAGCCAGUAAGGGCUGAAAGGUCUCUCCUUCCUUUCCUGACCACAGAGAACCGGUACAAAAAUGGCGGUCAAUCAAAGCAUCACCUUAUGGGGCAGAAGGAUAACAACAGUGGACCCGGUCCGAACAUCGGCCCGAAUGGCGAAGAGUAUGAAAACUAUGAUGAGCUGGUGGCCAAGUCCCUUCUCAACCUGGGGAAGAUCGCAGAGGACGCUGCCUACCAGGCCAUGACAGAGUCAGAGAUGAACAGCAACUCCUCCAACAGCGCCGGUGAGGACGAGGACGAGGACGACGAAGAGGGGAGCGAGCACGGCGGGACGAGGAAGGGCGAGUUGAGCGUGGACCUGGACAGUGACGUGGUCAGGGAGACGGUGGACUCGCUCAAGCUGUUAGCGCAGGGCCACGGCGCGGUGCUGGCCGACGACGGCUACCCGGUGGGAACCGGGUUGGAGGAUGGCGGCCAUUCCAAUGGGCGGCCCCACCACCACGGGGUCAGGGGUCAGGCUGAGGAGAGCGAGGAGGAGGUGUGUCUCAGCAGUCUGGAGUGUCUGAGGAACCAGUGUUUCGACCUGGCCCGGAAACUAAGCGAGACGUCGCCGUCCGACUGCCCUGGGCACCCCGGCCUGCAGCACCACCAGGCUCACCAGAACCAUCACCACAUGCAGCUUCAAACGGAUCACCAGCACCAGGCUCCGGGACACCAUCUUCCCCGGUACGAGGGCUGUCAACAGGGCCAGCAGCCUGGCCAGCAGCCAGACGACUGCGGGUCCCUGGAGCGCAGCUACUCGGACAUGGUCAACCUGAUGAAACUUGAGGAGCAGCUGAGCCCGGCCUCAAGGGGGCGCUAUGCAGCCGGCUGCCAGCAGGACGGCGACGAGGACACCACGUCAGUGGCGUCGGACCGCUCGGACGAGGCCUUCGACAUGACCAAAGGCAACCUCUCCUUGCUGGAGAAGGCCAUCGCCAUGGAGUCGGAGCGGGCCAAGGUCAUGAGGGAACGCAUGGCCUCGGAGGGACAUCAGGCCCGGAGGGAUAAUCAUAAUCAUCACCGCAGCAACGGGGAGCACAGCCCCCGGCAGAGCAGCGGGAUGGAGGAGCGCAAGUCCAGGAUGCACCAUGACGGGUCCAAGAGAGCGUAUUACCCUAAAGAUUCCUCGAGGGGGGACAAGAAGGAGAGUAAAUGUCCCACACCAGGCUGCGAUGGGACAGGCCACGUCACCGGUCUCUACCCCCACCACAGGAGCCUGUCAGGCUGCCCCCACAAGGACAGGGUGCCUCCAGAGAUUCUUGCAAUGUAUGAAAAUGUUCUAAAGUGCCCUACACCUGGCUGUUCGGGGCGUGGCCAUGUCAAUAGCAACAGGAACUCCCACCGCAGUCUCUCGGGAUGCCCCAUUGCUGCGGCAGAGAAGAUGGUGAAAGUCCAGGAAAAGCACAUCCCGUGUGACGGCGGACCCAAGUCCAACCAGGCAUCCGACCGCGUGCUGAGGCCAAUGUGCUUUGUGAAACAGCUGGAGAUCCCACAGUACGGUUACAAAAAUAACGUCUCCACCAGCACGCCGCGCUCCAACCUGGCCAAGGAGCUGGAGAAGUACUCCAAGACCAGUUUCGACUACGGCCAAGGCUACGACAGCCAGCAGCACGCCUACAGUGGGGGGAAGAGAGGCCUGGUCCCCAAGGCCCACGGGAGGGACACCUCACCUAAGGGAUAUGACGCCAAACGCUACUGUAAGAGCCCGGCUAGCAGCACGACGAGCAGCUACGCUCCCAGCAGCAGCAGCCUGAGCUGCGGAGGGGGCGGGGGCGGGGGAGGCAGCAGCGCCAGCAGCACCUGCAGCAAGAGCAGCUUCGACUACACGCACGACAUGGAGGCCGCCCACAUGGCCGCCACGGCCAUCCUCAACCUGUCCACCAGGUGCCGCGAGAUGCCCCACGGCCUGGGAGACAAGCCCCAGGACCUCCUCUCCCAGAGUCCUGAUGGGGACGUGGACGACAGCAGCACCCUGGACCUGAGUAUGAGUCGGGGACAGCCGGGGGGUCCGGAGGGGAGCGGCACGGUGCUGACGCCCCUACAGCCCAUGUCCCCCCAGCGCCAGGCCCUGCUCAACAGCAGCCGCUGCUACCAGAUGAGCGAGGCCGACUGCUGGGACCUUCCCGUGGACUACACCAAAAUCAAGCGCAUCACAGACGACGAUCACAAAGAGCACACAGGAGCAGAAGAUCUGAGGUUCAGCCCCUUUGAGAAGGAGGAAAUGAAAGAGGAGAUGAGUAAUCAAGGAAAUGCAUUGACAUUCACCCAAUUGCUCAGUGAAGCACACAACUGUGGACUCAUGGCUGAUGACCUGGACCCCUUCCAGGACCUCCUGGAGGAGCAACGCUACGGAGGAGACAUGACCAUGCCCAGCCCCAAACACAAGUACGCGCCCUGCAAAGAGAGCAAGAAGGAGCUCAUCACUCUGUCGAGCUGCCAGUUAGCUGACAAAAGUAUCCGCAGUAUGAUGACGACCAACGCGCAAGACCUCAAGUGUCCCACUCCAGGAUGUGACGGGUCUGGACACAUCACUGGGAACUACGCCUCACACAGGAGACCUUUCCCCUCUAGUCUGUCAGGCUGUCCACGGGCGAAGAAGAGCGGGAUUAAGAUACUGCACAGCAAGGAAGACAAGGACGACCAGGAACCGAUCAGGUGUCCCGUUCCGGGCUGUGAUGGACAAGGUCACGUGACGGGGAAGUAUGCGUCUCACCGCAGCGCCUCAGGCUGCCCCCUGGCGGCCAAGAGGCAGAAGGACGGGUACGUCAACGGCUCCCAGUUUGCCUGGAAGUCGGGGAAGACGGACGGCAUGUCGUGUCCAACCCCGGGCUGCGACGGCUCGGGACACGUCAGUGGGAGCUUCUUGACCCAUCGGAGUCUCUCCGGGUGUCCCCGUGCCACUUCAGCCAUGAAGAAAGCCAGAAUGACUGGGGUAGAAAUGUUGACAAUCAAGCAACGGGCUAGCAAAGGAAUUGAGAAUGAUGAGGAAAUCAAACAGCUGGAUGAAGAAAUCAAAGAUCUAAACGAAUCGAACAAUCAAGUGGAGUCAGAUAUGAUUAAACUUAGGACACAAAUCACCACCAUGGAGACUAACCUGAAGUCCAUAGAGGAGGAAAACAAAGUCAUUGAGCAGCAGAACGACUCCCUACUUCAUGAGCUCGCCAACCUCAGCCAAACUCUGAUCAACAGCUUAGCUAAUAUCCAGCUGCCACAUAUGAAACCGAUGCCACAGAAAGAGGCCCCAGUUAAACAUAGCUGCUGUUUACAGAUGCCCCACAGAGAGCCAAUGAAUGAACAAAACUUUGACACUUAUGUGAGUACUUUGACAGACAUGUACACCCAUCAGGACCAAUACCAGAGUCCGGAAAACAAGGCCCUGUUGGAAAAUAUCAAACAAGCUGUGCAAGGAAUCCAAGUGUAGUAGCCUGUUGACCUACAAGCAGGCACUGUCUGAGGCCAAAUGAAAUGAUGUUAAAGCAAAAAAAAAGUAUAUGAUAGAAAGUCAAAAGUGAGAAUGGAUUCAGAUUUUUUUUCUGCUGUAAAUUACCAUAGUAUUUCUUUUAUUUAUUACGCUGUUAUGCUCUAAGCUACAUGGUUAUAUUUCUUUUUGCCUUGCUUUAAAAACAGUUCCCAAUGGCAAACGUUUUAAUGAACAUUCACGUUUUGUACAUUUUCAUAUGACCUAAUAUAAUGUGAUGUACUGUUUAUAGCUGCUAAUGUAUGCACAUUUAGUGUAUAUGUAUUUAUUAAUUGUAAGCUUGUAUCAUUUGUUAUUUUAACGCUUAUUGAUAAAAAGGACAAAACUGAGUGAUACAGGUGGGCAGCCAGAAAAAGGCAAUGUGAGGAGCAAUCAUUUUUAGAUACGCUUUUCUCAAUGGAUGUAAUAGAGUACAAAAAAGACCUUUGGUGUGAAGAUUGUUAAAUGGAUGUAAAUUUAUCGAUUUUUGUAACAAUGUUUGAAAACCUCUUUGUCUUCAGUGGUAUGUGUGGACAUACUAAUAAUGUCUAUGUUUAACUAAAGUAUGAGAAGAAACCAUUUAUAAAUAUGACAAAUUUCAAACAUCAUGACACGGAAACUAACUGGUGCAACUCCCAUCAUCUAGAAUGGACUAUACUUCAUUAGUUUAGAAAUAAAAAGUAUUAGUAAUAUGUGCUGUUAACUAUUUCCAUUUUAAACACAGAGCGGGAUGACCAAUGGCUAUGAAAAAUGUAGGAGACAAUCUAGCGUUACCAAUUUAUUUUAAUCGUAAAUCGUAUUCAAUAGUUAGUAGGACAACUUAUCAGCAAUAUUGGUACAAUGAUAAAAUCACUUGUUUAGAUAUGGGAUGCAAUCUAUAUAGAAAAAUGUUUGGGUAUAUGCAAUUUCUUAUCAAUACAAUUAGCAGAGCUGAUAAAAAAUGUUUUUACUAAAUGUAAAUGUAUUAAGUUUUGUAUAAAUCUUUUAAUACAAUCAUGUUUUAGGAAUUGAACAUGGGGCGAUCAGUUUGAACAUGGGGCGAUAAAAUUGAAAGAUGGAGGAGUAUAUUAGUUCCGUUCUCUCAUGUUCAAUUUUGCACAGGGACACCUUUGUUUCCAUGUUUUGAUGUUUUUAUUUCAACUUAAAGAGGUACUUGAAAGUUCAAAUUGAUGGCUAGAGUUUUUGUAGAUAAGUUACCUUUAUAAUGUCUGACUGAUGCGCUGGACUUACAGGGUCAAUGUCCCCCAUUCAUCAUAGUAUAUUAUUGCACUUGUUCAGUACAAAUGUCUUUGCAAUCAUGCAUCUAUGUGUCUGAGCCACAACACAUGAUAUGAGCUAAAGAUUGCUUUUUGAAUCUGUCCUAAAAAUUGAUAUAUUGGUUCGAAAAAAAGAUGUAUUGAAAUCUAUUAUAAUAGCAAAGGAUGCUAACUAAUGAAAGAGGUAUGGGUAAAAAUGGUCCAUGACUUACUACCGUGUCUAUGAUUGAUGACAGUAUCAUGAGUACAUUGCCAUCCCUUUGAUAGGACACCCUCAAUACAUGUAUUCAUAGUACUUAAAAACACCAUUAUAAUUCAAUGUGAGUGUCAAUGUCAGCCCAUUAAGAUGCCCUAACCAGCCAACUGCAACCAAUCUACCCUCACAUGCAGUAGUAGUAUGUACCUGUUACUAAUUCAAUUUCAUAUACAAAUUGACUUAACAAGGUGAAUUUCACUUGCUGCAGAAGACUACUAAUGGAUUUGUUGUGUGUUCUUAAUACAGUUUAUUGUGCAUGCACAUCAUGGAAGUCACAAAGAUAUCAGUAUGGGUAAAUAGAGUGGUGUGCAUUUGAAUUUUUGUAUAUGGAGUUCAAAAAAGCAUAGUGUGGAGUCAAGAAGACUUAGAGCAGAGUAAGUCAAGUUCAUUUCAGACAUCCCUUAUUAGUCAACAUGUGGGUGCUAUAGGCCAUGUCAUUGUCUAGGACUCCCACUCCAAAGCAUCCCAUUGGACCUCCUACUACUAUUACUACUUCUUGAGGUCCACAUUCCAUAUGACUCCACAUGCCUGUGUCUAAAGCUUUGUGUCGCAGCUUUUUUGCCAAUAUAGUAACGCUUUAGAUAGACUGACAGCUUGUAGCCUACUAUUUUUCUUAAGUCAAUUAUUCUUACUGAUACAAAGGAAAUGGGAAUUUUAAGCACAACUCUGCUGCUCACCAACAGUCAGUACAUAUUGUAAUAUCAAAUGUAAAAGGUUAUCUGUGAUUAUUUACAUAGAGAACACUAACAUGUCACAUGCUAGAAUACGGAAGAAUUUUCAUAUGGAUAUUUGUGAAUUCAUCAAUUUAUUAACUGCUACAGUUACAAUUUCUUUCAUAAUGCUUUGAUGAAAGGAUUUUAUACGACAGUGAUUUCCUUCUCACCUUUCCCGUGCCCUCUCUCCCUCUUGCUAACUUUCCAAGUUAAUUUUCGUACCAUAAGGCAUGAUUUUCGUUGAUCUAUAAUUUUGCUGUCUAAGAUCACAAGUUGCUGUGAUAUUUAAUUUAAAAUUGUGAAGUUUGUACGAUUUUUAUCAUGCUGGUGUUGACAUCUCUUACUCUGAAUAAAACUUGUGUUGCAACACUAA